AUGGUGAUGCUAGUCGACACGCUCGAACGCCUCGGCAUAGACAGCCACUUCCGUCGCGAGAUCGCGGCGAUGUUACGCCGCGUACACCGCCAGGAACAGGACUGCCCUUCCGCCGCCGCCGACGACGGCCUCCACAUUACUUCCCUCCGAUUCCGUCUACUUCGCCAGCACGGCUUUGGGGACAUAUGGGUUCUUGUACUGAUACGAACUAUCCGCGCAUGAAAAAAAAAUAAAAAAGAUGUAUUCGACAAGUUCAGAGACAAUAGAGGCAGUUUCAGAGCGAGCCUAAGCAGUGACACGAGGGGCCUGCUAAGCCUGUACAACGCGGCUCACAUGGCCAUGCCUGGCGAGGAGGCGCUGGAUGACGCGAUCGCGUUCGCGAGGCACCACCUAAUUCAGUCCGUGGAAGGCAAGCUGAAGUCGUCGAUGGCCGAGCAGGUCUCCCGCGCCUUCGACAUCCCUCUGCCACGGGCGCCCAAGCAGCUAGAGACGAUACGCUACAUCGCCGAGUACGAGCACGAACCAGCUUUCGACGGCGUGGCGCUGGAGCUAGCCAAACUGGACUUUGAGCUCGUCAGGUCUCUCCACCUCAGGGAGCUCAAGGCCCUCACCAUCUGGUGGAAAGACCUGUACAAUAGCGUGAAGCUAAGUUAUGCUAGAGACCGUAUCGUGGAGAACUACUUCUGGACGUGCGGCAUAUACCACGAGGAGGAGUACUCUCGCGCACGUAUCAUGUUCACCAAAGUUUUUGGACUCAUGUCUUUGAUGGACGAUACUUACGACGCCCACGCCACCUUAGAGGAGUGCCACAAGCUCAACAAAGCUAUACAGAGAUGGGAUAAGAGCGCGGUCUCUAUUCUACCCGAAUAUCUUCAUGCCUUCUACAUAAAGUUACUGAACAACUUUGAAGAGUUAGAGGAUUGCUUGGAGCCAACCGAGAAGUACCGCAUGUCUUACGCCAAAACUGGGUACAAGCAGUUGUCGGAAUACUACCUCCGUGAGGCCCAAUGGUCGAGCGACAAAUACAUGCCCAGCUUCGCCGAGCAUCUGGACGUGUCUGUCAUGUCCUCCGGCUUCCCGGAGCUGGCCCCGGUGGUGCUGUUGGGCGUGCGCGACGGCGACGGCGCGGCGACCGCGGAGGCGUUCGGGUGGGCGGCUGCCGUCCCCGCCCUGGCCCGCGCCAGCGGGGAGCUAGCCCGCUUCCUCAACGACGUCGCCUCCUACAGGACCGGGAGGAGCGGCAGGGACAUGGCGAGCACGGUGGAGUGCUACAUGGCGGAGCGCGGCGUGGGCGGGGAGGAGGCCGUGGCGGCGGUUGCCGCGAUGGCGGAGCGCGCGUGGAGGACGAUCAACCGGGAGUGCGUGGAGAUGGGUGGUCGGGCUGAUCAUCUGCUCCCGGCGGCGCGGCUGGUGGUGAACCUGACGAGGAUGCUGGAGGUGAUCUAUCUCGGUGGCAGGGACGGGUACACCUUCGGCGCCGACAUCAAAGACCUCGUCACCAACUUCUUCCUCGCAAACCCCUCCCAGCUGUUUGAUUAGAUAUACAGCAAGCAUAUGCACAUACGUACACAUAUACUUUCUCCGUUUUAUAAUAUAAGACUUUUUAGCAUUGUUUACAUUUAUAUAGAUGUUAAUGUAUUUCUAGAUUCAUUAACAUAUAUGAAUAUGAACAAUGCUAAAAAAUUUUAUAUUAUGAAAUAGAGUGAGUACUAUAUACUAGUACGUGGGUAAAAUCGUGUAACGUUUGCAUGUAUGUGUAAUAAAUUAAUAUGCAUGUGUGUAUCUUAAUUACAGAUAA